AUGAUAAACGACUUGAAUGCCGAAGUCGACAAGGCACAGAGACAACUUGACACUGCAAAUGAUGACAAAGAUGGCAAUGAAGCAAUGAAACAGAAAUAUCAAGACGAACUGAUGAGUGUCAGAACUGAACUUGAUCAAGAAAAGAAAUACCGUGCCGAGACCCAAUUGAUUAAAGGAAAGUACGAGAAAGAUAUCGCUGAAAUCACAGUCAAAGUUGAAACUUUUGAGAAGAACGUCCAGAUGGAUGAACAAAAGAAUGUUGAGAAUAUGAGAGAUUAUAAAACCGCUAUUGAAAAAUUGAUGAGAACAAAGACAGAACUCGAUGAGAAACAAAACGAAUGCGACAAACUUGAAGACGAUAUGUCUGAGAUGAAGACUGAAUUGGAGGCUUUUGAACAAGCUGCUAAGACUUAUAAACAGUCAAAGAACACUUACGAGAAGGAAUUGACUGAACUGAAUGAACAACUUGAUCUUGAAAGAACCACUGCUCAACAGGCUAAAGCACAGAAGAAGAGCAAUGCAGACAAACUCAGAGAAGUGAUAAAGAACGAAUUUGGUGAAUAUAAGGAACAUGUUGAUGAAUUUAUUAACUCAUUGACUGCUCAAAAAGCUGAUUCACAGAAGGAACUUGAGAAGGAGAGAGCAAUGAAACAAAAACCCGACAAAGAAACUCAAAGACUUAGAGCUAAAGUUGAAGAGGCUGAGAGAAAGCUUGUAGAAUUCGAACAGAAGGAGUCUACUUUCAACACCCAGAUUGGUAAGACACAAUCCGAUUUGAAGAAGACACAACAAUCAGUCAGAGAUGGCGAAUUGAGAAUUGCCGAGUUGGAAGAUCAGGUUAGAAAGGCUGGUGAAGAUCUGAACAACAAACAAUUUGAAGUCGAUAAAAUUAAUGCUGAACUUAAGAAGACUAAAAACGGGUUGAAAAAGAUGCAAAAAGACACAAUAAGAAAAGUAUAA